AUGGAGAGAAAUGACAUUGUUGCACUUCGAUAUAAAUUUCUUCGAGAAAUUUGUACGCUGCGCAAGGCAAAAGAUGAUCGCCCUAUCGUGUAUAUUGACGAAACAUGGGUCAACCAAAACCAUUCGAGGUCAAUUAUAUGGCAAAAUGAAUGUAGCACUGAAGGUUUGAAAGUUCCUACAGGAAAAGGAGGUCGGCUUAUCGUGUGUCACGCUGGAUGUUCUCGUUACGGGUUUAUUCAAGGGUCCAAGCUAGUAUUCCGUAGUAAUACAGGCAAUACCGCCGACUAUCAUAGUCAGAUGAAUGCUGAAGUAUUUCAAAAAUGGUUUAUUGAACUAUUAAAUAAUCUUGAAGAACCGUCUGUCAUAGUUAUGGACAAUGCGUCAUAUCAUUCCACGUUGGCAGAAAAUUAUCCAAAAAGCAAUUGGAGAAAAGCUGACGUACAAAAAUGGUUAACUGAAAAAAAUAUUGAAUUUAGCCCGCUUGAAACGUUACCAGAACUUCACCAAAAAAUUAAAGCCUUAAUUCCACGCGAAAAGCAAUAUUUGCUUGACCAAAUUGCUUUAGAAAAUGGACACGAAGUAAUACGGUUACCUCCUUACCAUUGCCAAUACAACCCAAUCGAAUUUAUUUGGGCCCAAGUUAAGAGUCGAGUGGCGAAAAACAACAAUACGUUCAAGAUGGUGGAUAUCGAACGUCUUACCCACGAAGCGUUAGAUGCGGUAACCAAAGAGGAUUGGGAGAAGUGUGUAAGACAUGCCGAACAAUUACAAGAAUUAGAUAACCAAAAGGAAAUCCUUAGAGACACCAUAAUGGAACCAAUAACUUUGACGAUAAUGCCUGAUGAUAGCGAUUUCAGUGAUGAAGAAUCAGAUACAGAGCAAUUGGAAUAA